AAUUUCAAACAAAAAUGGGUACAAAAACAUUAAGUGAUAUUCACUCUGAUAUGAAGCAGUUAAUAACAACAAUAACUUGUUUUGAGGAAAAUGAAGAAGGAUUUCGAAUUUGUGAACGGUUUUGUAUGACAAACAUUAAACAUUAUCGAUAUUUAUCUGUUGACAGUAACACCACAAAAGAAGCUAUCAAAGCUUUAAUUACAAAAUUUUCAAUACAUGGAAAAUAUGAUGUAGCAAAAAAAUUUGAGGAACUUGUUGAUACAUUUUUAUCAAGUUUUGACUUUGAACAACAUCCACAAUAUGAUUUGCAAUGGUAUCUACUAACAUUGUUAUUAGAAUUAGCUAAGGAAACUUGUAAAUCUGAUUUGGAAUCUUUAAAGUUGACACGUGGAGAAUGUACUUUCAGUGUAAUGGGUGAAAAUGAAAAUGAAGUUACAGAGGAAAUUGAUUGGGCUGAAUAUUUAAAAGAGGGUCAAGAAAACUCUUUUAAUAAUUACAAAAGUGAUACAGAAAGUGAAUGGUCUAAUGAUACAGAAGAUAAUGUGGAUGUAGGUUCAAACUUUGAAGUACCUAUAACCAUUACAGAUUCUGAUAAAGCUGUAUGUGUACCUACUGCUGAAAAAGAAUUAAAUAAAUUAUCUUUAGCCUUGAACGAAGAAGUUAAAUCUAAAAAUUGGUUACUAUCAAAUGUUCAAAAUACAUGGUGGAAUGAGCUAGAAUGGCGAAAAUGUCCAGUUAAAAGUAGAUUUUGUGAUGCUCAUCUUUGUGAAAUUUGGCAUAAAGCAACUAGUGAAGAUUUUUACACUCUUGGAACUCUUAGUGAAUAUUUGGUGUGUAGAGAAUUAUUGUGGAUGUUUUAUGUUCCAAUGCAUAUGGUAGUGUUUCAACAGAAUAAAGAAACAAAAUUUUCUAUUCAUCCUAAUGUAUCUAUACCCAGCUUAACUACUGUUGCAUUCAACAGUAUUCUUUCACCAUUUUGUGAGUAUUUUUCUAUGAUACGUGAUAUAGAAGAAUUUGGUGUAAAAUUAUAUUCUGAACAGAAUAGUAUCUGCAAAAAGCCACCUUUAACUUAUGAAACAUAUAAUGCAAUUCUUAGAGAACAUUUAAUGAAAUUUAAAAAUGAAAUAAUUGAUAUAGAAAAGAAUCUUAUGCAACAAGAUAAAACCUUUACAUUUCUGUCUUUAUCAUCAAUUUUGAAAAAAAAUUUGUACAGUAUAAAAAUUUUACAUGAAGUACAUAAAAAAGCUAUAACUAAUUGGGAAAGUUGCCCAAAUUGGAAGUGUGCAUCUAAAUUAUUGUCAUUUUUGUAUUUUGAAGUACAAAAUUCACACAAUCAAGAAAGAACAAACAUUUGCAUUAGUUUAUAUUUAUCUAGUCUUACUGUUUAUCUAAAUAUAAUUGAUACAUGGUUAAGUGAGGGUCGAUUUGAAGAUUGGAGAGAGGAAUUUAUAAUUACUAGGUUAUCGAAUAAAGCAGUUCCAGAAAAUAGUGGACAGUAUGAAACAUUCUCCUUGCGACCUUUGGACAAUAUAUGUUUAGCUGAUCCAAUUAUGCAAUUUCUAAUAAGAAAGGUACAGCACAUAGGACAAAGUAUUGAAUUAUUAGUAUCUUUGGAUCGAAUUACAGACAUAUGGAGUAUUAAUACUGCAAAUAGUGCGGAAAUUUUAUUUUCGCGAUAUAAUGGUGCCAGCAAAUUAGUCAAAAAUAUCAUGUCAGAAGAAUAUAAAUUAGAAUCGCACUUAACAUUAAUGCGAUCAGUUUAUAUGAUGGAAGCAGGUCAUAUCAUGAACAAAUUUUAUCAAAGAUUGUUUUAUGAGAUUGAAACUAAUCAAUUGUGGAACAAUUCAUACUUUUUAUCAUGUAUACUUGAAGAAAUCCUUUCUCAGUGGUGGUCAGAUUUAAGUUCUCGUUGGUCUAUUACAGUUUCUAAUACUCAUACAGAUCAAGUAUUACUAGCUAUAGAUAAUAUAACGUUACAUUAUACAAUAGGUUGGCCUAUAAAUAUAAUAUUAAAUGAAAAAACUUUCAUAAAGUAUAAUGAAAUAUUUAGGUUUCAAUUAAAAUUAAAAUGGGCUUUAUGGACAUUGAAUAAUUUGCGAUUUAGUGAUUUGGAAGGUUCAAAAUCAAUAUAUGAAAGAAAUAAAUUAGAACAAUUUCAUAUAAGACGGAUUGAAAGUUUAAGGUUUUGUUUAUUACAUGCAAUUAGUUCAAUAAAUGCAUAUUUAUCAGGUCAAGUAGUGCAAAAUUUAAGUCUUGUAUUAGAAAAAUCUUUAGAACAAGUUGACAGUCUUGAUGCGAUUAUAUCAGUUCAUAAUGAAUAUUUAAAAAAAGUUUAUGAACACUGUUUGUUAACAACUGAAUAUGAAGACUUAAUGGUAACUAUAAAUAACUUAAUUGAAAUGUGUAGUCACAUUCGAGUUCGUUGGAAUUAUAAAAAAUUAAUAUUUGCCAGUGAAGAAUUAGAUGUGUUGGAAAGCAGCUACAAUAAAUAUCACACAUACCUUGCUUUAGCCUUGCAUAAUGCAGUUCAGAAUAAAGAUGCAAAUUACUUGACUGGCUUAAGCUCAGCAUUUAACUGCAGUAUGUCAUAUUCCUAUAAAUUUAUUUCAGAUGAAUUAAUGCUACAAUAUCAAAUUAGCACAAAAAAUGUAUAUAGAGGAAAUAACACCACUAUUUGUCCAUUUAAUAAUCUCAGCCACAGUUUAUUAAUUGAAAUAGCUUACCAGUACUUACCACCAUCAGGCUUACCUAUUUCAAUUCCAAAAAUUAUACAUAAAAUGAAUUGGUACAACAGCAGUUUAAACUCUGAACAUUCCUUACCUAAUGACAUUACUUUAAAUGAAUAUGAACAAACAUUUUCAUACAUACGUUGGUAUCAAUUAGAAGAAAAUAUUGUUACAUUCAAUUUAUCUUCAUACAUCUUACAUCGUGAAAUAGAAGAUUUUAUCGAUGAUGAUAACACAGAAACAAAGCAUUAA